AUGGAGGCAGAAAACUUCUAUACACCCUCAUACCUCAUGCAGCAGCAGCAGCAGCAGCAACAGCAGCAGCAGCAGCAGCAGCAGUUGCAUCCCCAGGAGGAGGAGGAGGAGGAAGAGGAAGAGGACGAGUAUGGCGACGAGGAGGAUGAGGAUGAGGAUGAGGAUGAGGAUGAGGAUGAGGACGAGGAGGAAGAGCUGCAGUCGAAGUUGCAGCAGCAGGAGCAGCAGAAGGAUCAGCACCUGCAGCAACAACAACAGCAGCAGCAGCAGCAGGAGGAAUGUAAAAAAGAAGGAGCUGCCUAUACACCUGAAUUAAUUAAAUAUAGUAGUCCUCUACAUGAAGACAUCAGUCGUAUACUCAAUCUUAUGGGCAUACAACAUCUUAAUUCUGCUACUGCAGGUCCUGCUGCUGCUGCUGCUGCUGCUGUUGCUGCUGCUGUUGCUGCUGUUGCUGUUGCUGCAACUGUUGCUAUUGGUGCUGGUGAUGCUCUGGAUGCGGGUGUUUGCCUGAAUUCCCGGUCCCUAUAA